GUGACCGACGGAGUGGUUGGAUACACCGGCAAUCCGUCACCCCUUGCCGAGAUGGACAUCCGCUUUACUUCACUGAGCGACACGUCCCGAUCGCACAGAGCUCAGAGUUCAGAAUCAGUAUCGAUCGGACAAGAGAUCAGGCGGAAAGUAGGGUCACUCACGGGUGAGGCAGAGCGGAAGGCAGGGGGCACAUGUCGUGCACUCCUCGGGCCAGAACCAGUGCUGGGAGCAUUCAUCGAAUUUGGCAACACAGCCGGCCUUCUUGUUAGUCUUGCACGGGCAGCU